GCCGUGAGGGGACCCGGGGGGGGGCGGCGGCGCGACCCCACCCCCCCCCGCCGGUACCGGAGUGGGAUGGCCGUGACCUAACCCCGGUGCGAUGGAGCGGCCCCGGUACCGGGAGGCGGCCGGGAGCGGCCCCGGGGGGAGCGGGCCCGGGGGGGGCUCCAGCGCCGCCUGGAACGGGACCUGCGGCCACCCCCCCGCUGCCACCGGCACCACCGGCAGCGGCACCGGCACCGGCACGGCGGGCGGCGACGACGACGAGAGCGGCGAGCGCGACCCUCCUGUCACCGGCCCCGGGAGAGUCCCUGGUCCCGGGAGUGUCCCCAAUACCGGGAGUGUCCCCAAUACCGGGAGUGUCCCCAAUACCGGGAGUGUCCCUGGUCCCGGGAGUGUCCCCAACACCGGGAGUGUCCCUGGUCCCGGGAGUGUCCCCAGCCCUGAGGGUGUCCCCAAUACCGGGCGUGUCCCCGGUCCCCGGAGUGUCCCUGGUCCUCAGGGUGUCCCCAACACUGGGACAGUCCCCGGUCCUGCCAGUGUCCCCAACCCCGGCAGUGUCGCCAGCCCCGGGGGUGUCCCCAACCCCGGGAGUGUCCCCGGUGCUGGCAGUGUCCCCACUCCCAGGAGUGUCCCCAACCCUGAGGAUGUCCCCAACCCUGGGGGUGUCCCCAACCCUGGGGGUGUCCCCAACACUGGGACAGUCCCCGGUCCUGCGAGUGUCCCCAGCCCCGGGAGUGUCCCCGGUGCUGGCAGUGUCCCCACUCCCGGGAGUGUCCCCAGCCCUGAGGAUGUCCCCAACACUGGGGGUGUCCCCACUCCCAGCAGUGUCCCCAGCCCCGGCAGUGUCCCCCCGCCCGGGGGUCGCUGCGGCUGCCGGGGCCCCCCGGCCGCUCCCCCGAGCCCCUCCCGGGACCUCCCGUGCGGCCUCGGCUGCCGCCACCGGGGACCCCCGGAGGACAGCGGCGACCCCCGCAGGGCGCGGCGGCGACCGCGACAACGCCACGAGGAGGAGCGCGACGACACCGGGACGGGACACCGGGGGUCCCUGCGGGUGGCCCGGGCGGGGGUCGCGCUGUGCCUGCGCCUGCUCGGGGCUCUCCUGGCGCUGCUCUUCCUCCUCCUCCUCCUCCUCCUCGGGGCGCUCCGCUCCUUCCUCCGCGGCGCCUCCGCGGGGCUCCGCCGCUCCCGGGAGCUGCUGGGCGAGUGGCUACGGCGGCGGGCGAGCCACGGAGGUGGCGGCCAGGAGGAGGUGACACGUUUGGUGGCCAUGGCCGAGGUGGCCGAGGAGGAGCUGGACCCGUUCCGGGUGCUCGGCGUGGAGCCCACGGCCAGCGACACCGAGCUGCGGCGGGCGUACCGGAGGCUGGCGGUGCUGGUGCACCCCGACAAGAGCCGCGACCCCCGGGCGGAGGCGGCGUUCAAGGUGCUGCGGGCGGGCUGGGAGCGGGUGAGCAGCCCCGAGAGGCGGCGCGAGUACCAGGCGAAGCAGCUGGCGCAGGGGGAGCUGGCGCGGGCGCUGGGCGCGUUCCUGGGCCGGCUGCAGGAGGAGCUCAGGGACGCCAUGGACGCCAUGGGCUGCACCCGCUGCGGGGGACGCCACAGGCGGUUCCAGCUGGACAGGGACCCGCGCGGUGGCCGGUACUGUGCCACGUGCGGGGGGUGGCACGCGGCCGAAGAGGGUGACCUGUGGGCAGAGUCCAGCCUGCUCGGCCUCAAGGUCACCUACCUGGCCCGCAUGGACGGCCACAUCUACGACGUCACCGAGUGGGCGGGCUGCCAGCGCGUGGCCAUCUCCCCGGACAGCCACCGUGUCCCCUACCACCUGUCCUUCGGCGCCAGGACAGCCACGCCGGCCGGCCGCCAGCGGCCCCCCCCCCAAGGGCAGCCCCCCCUCCCCCAGCGCCCUCCAGGAUUUCCUGGCCCGCGUUUUCCAGGGGGGCCCGGGCGAGGCCGGGGGGGCCGCGGGGACCCCCCCAGGGACCCCCCCAGGGACCCCCCCCAGGCCCAGGGGGGCGCCCCCAGGGGGGACACGAAGCACAAGAGGAGGAAGAAGGGGCGGCGGCCGCUGCCGCGCUGAGGAGACCCCCGACCCCCA